CAUGCGUGACCGCAGGAACACUAAUCUCUCCAUCUCGUCGACGGGUUCGUUCGCUUCAGCCCAUACAUCGCCAGUCGUUGCCGAUCACAGUCAGGACAGUGCAGAGAAGGGAAGAUUCCUUUGGAUCCCGGCCAGAGAAGACGCCGAACCUCUACCCUCACCCCUACUAAAACAUGCGCGGGAGAAUCAACAUGGCUUCUUCGACAAUUGGCAAAGGACACUUCGAUGGCGCACAGUCGUCAUGCUGUUCGUUCUGGCCAUUGUCUUGAUCUGCUAUACUCUUGCUCCUAUAUUGACGGUAGAUGUCCAAUUCGAUGCCGUCUUCGCCAAUGCCGACAAACAGAUUGACCUCAUCAACGGAGCGCCCAUUCCCGAUCAUCCCAUCCCUGUGAUCUUCCAGGACCAAUACGGUCAGCCUCGAUGGACCGUCUCGAUACCCCCUUCAUUCGGGUUUCCUCUUGAGCACCAUGAAUAUGACAAGAUAUGUUCGACCAGCGAAGGAGUCAGGGCCAGCGUCGAAGCCAUGACAGGUCGCGCAUCAAGAAUCCAUGGCAAGAGCAGACCACACUUCUGGAAACGACCUUACUACGCGGCAGACAGGACGUUUAUGCCAGUCGACGAAGCCGAAGACAUGAAUCUGCUACCAGCCAUGCCGGAAGGACACAAGCACAUUUCGGUCCUUGGUCAUUUCUCAUCUUCCGGUCUGCCAGAGCAGUUUGACCUUCGUCAUGGAGACAAGCGAAGCUGGCUUUGGCAACACUCUCCUUGCCCUCUGGUUGAGUUACGGCAUGGCCAAGAAGGAAGGUCGCACUUUCUUCAUCGACGAUUCCAACUGUCAGCUUGUGCACCUCCGCCGGCAAACCAGGUCCUUCCCUGUCCUCAUAGUGCCCGCCAUUUGGUUGUUUCUGCAGCUACCUUGCCUUGGACUUUUGGAAGUGCAUUCAAGUCCGAGUACCAACAGUCACUCAAGCACGGAUUCAAGAAGAAUCGCCCCAUCUAUGACCUGGUCCGCCGAGGCUACCAAGACCUAUUCGACCUGCAGGGAGAGGACGGGUCCUUCUUAGCACACAAGCUGACGGUGAUGCGUGCCGCCGCUUCCGCCUCACAGACGCCACUUGUCGGCAUGCACAUUCGUCGUGGAGACCUGCAUCCUUUCGAGGUCGAGUACAGCCAUGACUACCUCCCAUUCGAGCGCUACACAUCUGCAGCUAGCGAGCUGUUUGCUUCUUUCUCACCAAACAAGUCGUCGAUGGAGCCCACUGCUUUGCUUCUUGCCUCGGACGAUCCGGACAUUCUGUCGUCGCACGAUCUCGUCAAUACACUCCCCUCCCACCUCACCGUUUCACGCCCACAAGAACGUAUUGUUCUCGCCAGUAAGAAGACACUGGAACCUGCAAAGCCCAUUCGUAAGCCUGGAUCCGCCUAUGUCAAACAUGUCGACGAGAACUCUGGCUGGGAAGGAGGGUUCUAUGCUUCUUUGUUCUUCUCCCUUGGCAAAGGCCAUCCUUCGGCAUCUAAGCAGGGAAUGGGUGAUGAGAUGCAGAGGGCUGUUCUGAAACUGAGAGAGCUCGUUGGACGUGCCUACCUGCUCGAUCUGGCAGUAGUAGGGCAUGCGGAUGGCGCUGUUUGCGCCAGCUCAAGCGCAGCCUGUCGCAUCAUAGGAGUCAUGAUGGGCGCCGACAAGAUGAACAACGGGCAGUGGAGAAACGUGGACGGCAACCGCGUGUGGAGCUGGGAUGGAAAGGUU